CGCCAACACUGCACGCGAAAUUUAAUCUUCAUCUUCCAUCGUCGUGUUGACCUACCUUUUUCCUGGCGGACGCCUUGAAUCAUAGCAUGGGUGAAUGAGAAACGGACCCGACUUUCUUUCCUCGUACUCUUUGCACGUCGGGAAGAGAAGAACAGGCCGGACCGAGGCUGCUCAGACCUCUUGACCCCUCGCAUCUCAAAUGCUCACAGCGGAGAGCCGCAUUGCUUGUCAGCUGGACAUUUCACUGCCCAUGAGACACGUCUAACAACGACUUGGCUGGGAAUACCGUCUUCUGGUACCUGGACUGAGGAUCCUCUGACUGAUAAGUAGUGUGUGUCGAAAAGCCUCACGCCCACUCCUGCCCGCGUCCAAGUAUGGCCUCCGCAUCGCUCGUCCAAGCCCUCCGUGCCUCGAAACCCGCGUUCGGCGCGUGGAUUACGAUGCCGGGCGCGCUCCACGCUCGCACCGUCGCUGCCUCAUCGCCUCACCUCUCCUGGAUUACCCUCGAUUGCGAGCAUGGCAUGAUAUCCCUCCUUCCCGGUGUCUCUGAGGCCAUCCAGGCGGUGUCGAGUCUCGGAAGCUCCGCGCCAAGCGCGAUCGUACGUGUGCCUGCCACUGGAGCGUGCGCAGACACUAGCACCAGUUGGCAAAUCAAGCAGGCUCUCGACGCUGGCGCGCGUGGGAUCAUGGUUCCUAUGGUGUCCACGUCUGCCCAAGCGCAAGCCGUUGUAGCAGCCGCUCGUUUUCCACCGAAGGGGAUUCGCGGAUUUGGAAGCCCUUUUACUGAUUCGGUGUGGGGCAUAACACCAUCGGAAUAUCUCGCAACCGCCAAUGAUGGGAUACUGGUUCUUGUACAAAUCGAGACUCGCGAUGCCAUGACGAAUUUGGAUGGCAUUCUUUCUGUAGAUGGCCUCGAUGGUGUUCUCAUUGGCCCGUAUGAUCUGUCGCUCUCGCAUGGAUACCCACCGCCGUCUCCAGAUCCGCAUCCGGAAGUCGAGUUGAUGAUCCAAAAGAUACGAGAGGGUGCACAUGCCAAAGGCAAGAAAUGCGCCAUGUUCUGCACUACGGGUUCUCAGGCAGCUAAACGCGCUGAGCAAGGCUUUGACAUGAUCAACGUUAUCUCAGAUGCCUCCGCACUCACGCAAGGCUUGGCGCAGAAUCUUGCAACAGCCGCGGGGCAGAUUGCACCUCCGAAGUCUGUUGGAUACUGAUUGGUUUCUCCGCGAUAUUGUCCAUGUUCUAUCGUAAAUUGAAAUUGUCAUCACUCGCUGCGUACUGGCUGGUCGUGCUAUGUACUUACUCUGUGCAGGGAAGUCUCAUGCCGAAUAAUACGUCCUCAGGAGAUCCGGUGAUUUGCAAAAAGCUAGAUCGAUAGCUUUUACGUAUCUGCACCGUCUAACCGUGAUCCUGACCAAGAAGACGAAGAUGCGUCAUCAUUUCAACAUUGGCUUCGAUGUAGGUCUUAUCGUGAACGGACAUUUCCACGCAGCCGGCCUUUUCAGUUCAGUAACUUCCGUGAAUCCCCCAUUGUCUGAUGUUACAAACGAUUUUCUACCCAUCGCUUCAUGCCGAUCAGUGUUGACUGC